UUCCUCUUCUUUCCCCAUUAUUCCAUUCCUUCGUUUAGGGUUUUCUUACUGUUUUUCUCAUACCUAAAUCCAAUCCUUAUCAUUUUCUAAUCACCUGAAAGUUGAGUUUUUUGUGAAUAUUUGUCUCUCUAUGAUUCAAUUCUGUUAUUGUUAUUAUUUUUUCUAUGUUUGUUGCCUAAGAUUGUUGUGUAGUUUGUGAACAAGCACUCUCAAGCCAUGAUUAUUUUGUUUGUUUACAACUUCAGAUAUAGAUAUAGGUAUAGGUAUAGUUCAAAUUCGAAUUCGAUUCCAAUGGCGCGGAAUUUAGGUAUCUUAGUUUCAUGGUUCAGUACUAGUUCAUUGUCUCCAAUUGUUAAACCUAUCAAUUGGAACACUACCCAUAGUUUUGUUAAGGGAAACCCUCUCCUUUCGCUUGUGGAGAGAUGCAAGUCCCUUGUCCAGUUGAAACAAAUUCAGGCUCAAAUGGUGUUGACGGGAUUGAUUGAUAAUGGUUUUGCUGCGAGUCGUCUUGUUGCGUUUUGCGCUUUAUCGGAUUCGCGGGAUCUUGAUUAUUGUACUAAGAUAUUGUAUCGAAUCAAAGAGCAUAAUGCGUUUUCUUGGAAUGCGACGAUUAGGGGUUAUGUGGAGAGUGGAGAUGUUGAAGGAGGUUUUAUGUUGUACAAGAGGAUGUUGAGAGGUGGGAUGUUGAAGCCGGAUAAUCAUACUUUCCCGUUGUUGCUUAAAGCAUGCUGUUGUCAGUCUUUAAAUUAUGUCGGUCUUAGUAUACUUGGGCAUGUGUUGAAGUUUGGGUUUGAAUGUGAUGUAUUUAUUCACAAUGCGUCGAUCACUAUGUUACUCUCGAUUGGAGAGUUGAGUGCGGCGUAUGAUGUGUUCAAUAAAAGUCGAUUGAGAGAUUUGGUAACCUGGAAUUCUAUGAUUACUGGAUGUGUUAAAAGGGGACUUGUAAAUGAGGCUAUAAAAAUCUAUCGAGAAAUGGAGGCAAAGAGAGUGAAACCAAACGAGAUUACAAUGAUUGGGAUGAUUUCUUCUUGUUCUCAGUUGCAGGAUUUGAAUCUUGGUAGGGAGUUUCAUUGUUACAUCGAAGAACAUGAUCUCAAGUUGACAAUUCCACUCGCUAAUGCACUUAUGGACAUGUAUGUGAAGUGCGGGGAAUUGUUGGCUGCCCGAGCUCUAUUUGAUAACAUGGAACAGAAGACCCUUGUUUCAUGGACUACAAUGGUUUUGGGAUAUGCCAGAUUCGGGUUUCUAGAUGUUGCUCGGGAGAUUUUAUAUAAAAUUCCAGAAAAAAGUGUUGUGCCGUGGAAUGCCAUCAUCAGUGGAUGUGUCCAAGCCAAGCAUAGUAAAGAGGCAUUGGCUUUAUUCCAUGAAAUGCAAAUUAGUAUGGUAGAACCCGAUAAAGUGACCAUGGUUAACUGCCUGUCUGCAUGCUCACAACUAGGAGCACUUGAUGUUGGGACAUGGAUUCACCACUAUAUUGAAAGACAUAACCUAUCUCUAGACGUUGCCUUAGGAACUGCACUAGUUGACAUGUAUGCCAAGUGCGGAAAUAUUGCAAGGGCACUCCAGGUUUUCGAAGAGAUUCCUCAAAGAAAUUGUUUGACCUGGACAUCCAUCAUUUGUGGUUUAGCACUUCACGGGAGUGCUCGGGUUGCUAUAUCCUAUUUCUCGAAAAUGAUUAAUAUUGGAAUAAUGCCUGAUGAGAUCACUUUUCUUGGUGUGUUAUCAGCUUGUUGUCAUGGAGGUUUAGUUGAAGAAGGCCGCAAAUACUUUUCUGAAAUGAGCUGUAAAUUCAAUGUAUCCCCUAAGCUUAAACACUACUCAUGCAUGGUGGACCUUUUAGGAAGGGCUGGUCAUUUGGAGGAAGCAGAAAAACUCCUUCAAAAUAUGCCAAUGCCAGCCGAUGCUGCUGUGUUGGGUGCUCUAUUCUUUGCUUGCCGUGUUCAUGGAAAUGUUCAAAUUGGAGAGAGGGUGGCCCUUAAGCUUCUUGAGAUUGAUCCUCAUGACAGUGGAAACUAUGUUCUGCUCGCUAGCAUGUACAGUGAGGCAAAAAUGUGGAAGGAGGCAAGGAGCGCAAGGAUAAUAAUGAAGGAGAAAGGAGUAGAGAAGACUCCCGGUUGCAGCUCAGUUGAGAUCAAUGGCAUUGUGCAUGAAUUUAUGGUGAGGGAUGCAUCACAUCCCCAGUCUGAGUGGAUUUAUGAAUGUUUGGUUUCGCUGACAAAGCAACUGGAGCUUCUCGAAUUUACAUGAUAUUCCGGCUUAUGGAGAUAAUCUCUUUUCCUAAACUUGUCAGAAUGUUUGCCAUGUCUCUGCUCAUUUAAUUUUAAUUUUUUUCCCUGGACAUCCUGAAGCUAGUUUUCUCAUUCUAUUGAUCAGGCAUCCUUUCAAUUUUCUUUUGUCAUUUUAUACCUCUAUUUUUUUUUCUGUACAGAAAAAUGUAUAUUGAUUAUUAUAUUUGUGGCCAUGUUUCAAUGUCUUAGUUGAAAAACACAGAUUGUCAAUUUUUUUAUUACACUGCAAGAAUAUGUUGAACAGGUCUGGGUUCUGCUCUUCAUUUUCUUUGAAAUUCCAUUCUAUUGAGUAGUGUCAAUUUUUUUAUUACACUGCAAGAAUAUGUUGAACAAGUCUGGUUUCUGCUCUUCAUUUUCUUUAAAAUUCCAUUCUAUUGUGUCAAUUUUUUUAUUACACUGCAAGAAUAUGUUGAACAAGUCUGGGUUCUGCUCUUCAUUUUCUUUGAAAUUCCUUUCUAUUGAGUAGUGUCAAUUUUUUUAUUAUACUGCAAGAAUAUGUUGAACAAGUCUGGGUUCUGCUCUUCAUUUUGUUUUGUUAAGAAUUCAACUUCCCAUUAAGUUGGUUAUCAUAGAGCAAAAAAUGAAAAUGUAGAAUAUCCAAUGUCUGUAGAGAUUAAACCACACGUGUUAUAUGAUUUUGAUUUGCAGAAUUAUUUUGGUGUUUUCCUUGGUUUUUUUGCCACUAGUUUUUUUCCUUGCUUAAUAGUUUCCUGCUUACGAUUGUCAAUUCUUCUACCCUACUUAUGGCUUGGUUCAGACCUGCACAUAUGCUGUAAAGCUUUAACACGGUCAAUAAUUGAUAUAAUAUAUACUUCAAUAAGUUGGAGUUUGGAAUCCUAUGUUAAAUGACUUUAUGACUUUGUUCAAUGCUAUGCUAGAAUAGAACAUGUCAACUUACAAAGAAGAUUUGAUCAUACAUAGAUAGAACUCCCUGCUCUUGUAUAUUUCUGAUAUGAAUUUUGAUCGCUUUUGCAUUUCAAAUAGUUUAUUUUUUUCAAUAUAGAGAAUACAAAGGCCAAAAGAAAAAUUAUUUAAACCAUUUCGAAAUUUCAUAUUGUUUAUACUUGUUUCUUCUUGUUGAUCAGCUAUAGGAUUUCAGUUUCAAUACAUUGAUUCCUAUGUAUUUAUUUACUUAAUACUAUAUACUUGUCUUGUCUGUC